AUGAAAGAGAUCUUUUAUGAUUAUAAAUUAUAUUUAUACGCCUAUUACGGCGUACUAAAAGAUUUCAAACGUGUUUUUAAAGAAGAAUAUAUAUUUGUGGAUUCUUUAAUAUCUUGUGUUCUUAAUGGAUCAAAAUUGAAUGUAGAUUUUGCUGAAUAUAUGUAUAAAAAUUUUGGGUUUAAUAAUUCAGAAGUAGUAACAUCUUUAAUAAAAGGGGGUAUAUAUUUUGAAGAUAUGGGAAAAAUUAAUCAUUUAUUACCAAAAAUAAAACAUGCUGAAAAUUUAAUAAAAUAUCCAGAUUUAAAAAAUCAAUUAUCUAUAUAUUUCUCUUUGAAAAAGGAUAAACAUAAUUUUGAUAAAUUGUCAUUAAAAGAAAUAAGUCCAGUUCUAAUAAAUUUGAUAAAAGCAGGUAUGGUGCCUAAUUAUACUGAUUUAACUAUAGAAAGAAAAGAAAUAGACUUCCAGUACACUAAUUUAUAUUUAAUAACAGAUAGUUAUAAGUUAGACCCUGAUGUCACGUUUAAGUUAAAAUAUUUAAAAUAUAUCGAAGAUAUAAUGCCGGAUGAAGACGCAGAUGUUGAUGAAGAUAUAUUAGAUUUUAUUGAAGAAGAUUUAACCAGAAUAUAUUAUCUAGACCGAUAUAAUGUAUGUAAUUUUUUAACUGGAAAUGAAUACUACAACAGUGAAUUUGAAACAUUUGAUAAAAAAGAUAUACUCAAUAAUUCCAAUUUAGCUAUAUACUGUUUUAAAAGAAAAAUACAUAUGGAUUAUUGUAUAUCAAGAUUUAUAACUGUAGCUCCUAAACAAGCUAAAUAUUUAAUAGAGAAAUACAAUCCUGUGUUAUUAAGCAGUAAUCGAAAUUAUAAUUUAUUUAAAUACUUAAAAAUAGAUAAAAAGUAUUAUCAUUCAAUUAUGUAUAGAACUCUAACUAUUCCUUGGACUUAUGAACAGUCGUUUUUUGAUGAUUAUUUAACAGAAGCAGAAUUUAUUGAUUAUGAAGUAUUUAAAUUAAGCAAAAAAAUAGUUAACAAUAAAUUCAUAAAAAAUAUAAAAAAUUCUAAUAAAAAAAUAUGUAAAUACCUUGAUUUAAAAAAUAUGAAAUUCUUGCCUAAACCAAUUGAAAUUAAAAAUGUAAAUUAUGAUAUAAAUAUAGAUUUAUCUGUUUAUUAA